UUCACUAGUUCUGUCUGCUUUGCCGGAGUGGUCCGGUCCCCAUGGAGACGCAUAUCAACAAAUAUGGAGGUGUUUUCUUUAUGUGCAACCAAUCAGGUCUUAGCAUCAGGUUACGUGACGUUACGUGACGUGGCCGGAAAAGCUCUUAGGACUUCUUCUCCAUUUGCUGACAUGAUGAUAGCAUUCGAGCUUCUGCGCAUGCGCACGGGCACCUGGACCACACCAGGCAAUCAGAUGAACGGCAAACAGCUGAUUUGGUGA